AUGUUUUUGCGCCUGGCGACGGUUGGGGCAUUUGUGACCGUACUCGUUGCCUUCACGCUGCUUCACGGUGAUGAACUUUGGGGAUUUGGCCCGCAGCGUCGCAGGGGCAAUUCGCCAUGCGAGUGCUUGACUGGCGUAAUUGGAGACAGUGCCCUUCUUGGGGCUCUCCACCGCAAGAGUCUCUUUCUUGGUCUCCAUUGGCGCGCUACCCCCGCCCAUGUCAUGGCCUAUCUUGACCCAUGGCAAUUAAAGUACGCCAACUGCAUUUCAUUCCAUAGACUGGAGCUCUCAGGAAUUAAAAAUGACACUUCUGCAGUGGAUGUGCUACGAGAGCGUCUUGAAGAAGAUGCGGCGAAUGAUACUUCUGGGAGUUGGAUGAUACGGGAUAGGGGCCUGAUGGCGUCAAGGCAGCGGCAUCGUCAGCAUGGACGUCUCAAAACGUCUGCUGCAGAACCGACGUGUCACGUGUGGAUUUUGCCAGAAACAGCGAGAAUACCGUUGACGGUGUGGGUUGCACUGAAAGGGCUCCUACAGGAAGGCACAAUUGCUGAUGUGCCUGUCCGUCUCUCCGCUAGAGAAACAAAAUGGAGCAUGUAUCAACCUCUCGGUGUGUUGUUGUGGGCUGAUCCUGCCGAUCGUGAGACACUCAAGCAUGUGGUGCCACCACGCACAGUCAUGAUGUUCACGACAAUCAGUCGUUAA